AUGCCCUCGCAAUCGGCACGGCAGCGCAACAAGCGCGCCCUCGCAACCACUGGCAGCGCCCAGAAGCUGCCGACCCGGCCCAGCUCGGCCUCGGGCAGCCAGCCAACGCGGCUGCGCAGCCUGCUCUCGAUCCUCCUCGUCACCAGCGUCCUCCUCGUGGGCCUCCAGGCGCUGCGCUUCUACCUGCGAGGCUCGACGGCCCUUUCCCCCCUGGCCGCGUGGACAAGGUCAAAGUACACUGCCGACUCCAAGAUCGCAUCCGCAGCAUCCAAGCUCGACCGCGGCGCCACGGGCUUCAACCCGCUCGCACCCGAGGGCGCCAAGCCGGGCGCACCGGCGCUCGCACCGGGCCUCGAGGUGGCCGACUACGAAAAGUACCUCGAGCAGGAGGGUGAGAUCGACGUCCAGUACGACGAGGACGGCAACCUGGACCUGGCCACGGCGCAGAGGAUGCUCGACCUCCUCUAUCGACCGGCUCGCGACGGCGUCAAGGUGGCCGGCAAGAUGGCCGCGGCCAUGAUCGAGGACGAGAUUGUCGAAGAGGCCGCCGACGAUGCAGAGGUGCAGGACGAGGCGGCGCCAUAG